GGCCUCUGUGUCCUCUCCGCAGCCUCCAAACCUCUCUCCUCAUUUCAAGCUUUUGCCAAAUUCCCUCCUCCUUCCUCCUCCUCCUCCUCCUGCUCUUCUGCCUGCCAGUAGCCCCUCUCAGCAGGCCGCGUAGGGGAGCAUUCACACCCCUCUGUCGGCGUUUAGCGGAUGGAGCUCUCAGCUUGAGCCGGAGGGAGGAGGAGAAAGAUGAACGGUAACCCGUGUGCCCGCAGGCUGGCCCGGCGCUCCAAAUCCGCCCUGCUGAUCGCCGCUCUUGCCGUCCUGCUGGUCCAGACUCUCAUCGUGUGGAACUUCAGCAGCCUGGACUCUGCCAACGGGGACGGAGGCGCCAGGAACCGGGAGAAGAGAGAGGACCGAGCCGGGGGGCUCAACAAAGCCGACAGGGUGCAACCGCGGAGGGGGCUGCAGAAGAAGGGCGACCCGCCGCCCUCGCUCGGAAAGGCGGCCGUUCGGCACAAGCUGCAGGCGGACGUCUACCAUUCCCACCGGCCCAAAGAGAAGCUUCACCUGGAUAGUAACAACAAUGAGAACUCUGUCCCUAAAGACUUUGAUACCAUCGACAGCAACAGCAACCUGGGGGCUCGAUCUCAACACCAGAGAGUGCCGGUCGCAAACCCCAAACGCAAGCUGGAUAAGGCCCAGGCACAGAGCAUGCUGGGAAAAUCUGCUAACGAGGUCCUCAAGUACCCUCCCGUCCAAUCCAGAGGGGUGGGCCACAAUCACAACCGCACCCACGUCCGUAAACCCCAUCCCCAGGUUCCAACCGUCCCAGCACCGGCCCAGGGGUCCAAUCAGGAUCCACGGUUCUACCAGGCGAAAAUGUCGGCCUCCCAGCUGCUGCCCACUUCAGAGCCGAGAAAGGACCAGCCGCAGUGUGAGAUCAGUGGGAAGGAAGCCAUUUCGGCUCUGUCCCGAGCCAAGAGCCGCGAGUGUCGGCUGCAGAUAGUGGAGGUCUACUGCAAACACAAAGACAGAGCGCUGAUGCCUGAGAAAGUGCCUCGCUACUGCCCCAUAGAAGGUAAGGCUAAUGUGAAUGUACAGUGGGAGGAGGACCCCUCAGAGGCUGCCCAGCUGGUGCCGGCACGGAUCGCCUUCGUCCUUGUCAUCCACGGCCGAGCCUUGCGUCAGUUCCAGCGCCUCUUCAAAGCCAUCUACCACACCUCGCACUACUACUACAUCCAUGUAGACCAGAGGUCCAACUACCUCUACAGAGAGGUUCUGACUCUGGCCGGACAGUAUCCCAACGUCCGGGUGACUCCCUGGCGGAUGUCCACCAUCUGGGGCGGGGCAAGCCUGUUGACCAUGUACCUACGCAGCAUGGAGGACCUUCUUAAAAUGUCCGACUGGUCCUGGGACUUCUUUAUCAACCUCAGCGCUGCAGACUACCCCAUCAGGACCAAUGAACAGCUGGUGGCUUUCCUUUCCAAGUACCGCAACAUGAACUUCAUCAAAUCUCAUGGCAGAGACAACGCACGUUUCAUCCGUAAACAAGGUCUAGACCGCCUCUUCUACGAGUGUGACACCCACAUGUGGCGUCUUGGGGACCGCAAGAUCCCAGAGGGCAUUGCGGUGGACGGAGGAUCUGAUUGGUUCCUGCUCAACCGACCCUUUGUGGACUAUGUGGUCAACUCCCGAGACGAGCUGGUCAGCAGCCUGAAGCUCUUCUACACCUACACACUGCUGCCUGCUGAGUCAUUUUUCCACACUGUGCUGGAGAACAGCGUCCACUGUGAGACCAUGGUGGACAACAACUUGAGGCUCACCAACUGGAACCGCAAACUGGGAUGUAAAUGCCAGUACAAGCAUAUUGUGGACUGGUGUGGCUGCUCACCCAAUGACUUCAAGCCCUCGGAUCUGCCACGCUUCCAGCAAGCGUCCAGACCCACCUUCUUUGCCAGGAAGUUUGAGGCCAGCGUCAGUCAGGAGAUCAUCAACCAGCUGGACUCGUACCUGUUUGGACCGUACCCCCCAGGCACCCCGGGCCUUCAGGCCUACUGGGAAAACAUCUAUGAGCAGGAGACGGACGGCCUCGCCAGCCUAUCAGACUCCACGCUCAGCCACUACCACGCCUUUGCUCGCAUGGGACUGUCGCGUGCUGCCAGCUCGCUGCAGGGACAUCCCAAUGACAACAGCUGCAGGUACAUGGCUAUGAGCCACCCAGUGUCGGUCCACCUCUACUUCCUGUCAGACCAGUUUCAAGGCUACCUUGUGCGUCACGUGGCCACUAACCGAGCCUCCACUCAGCUGGAAACCUUGGAGACCUGGGUGACUUCAAAAGACCACUUCACCCUGGCCAGCCCCCACAACCCUACCAACAGGCUGCAGCGUGUCCAGGUUGGGGCGGACUGGGAUCCUAAGGAGCGUCUCUUCAGGAACUGGGGGGGUCUGCUGGGGCCCAAGGACGAGCCGGUGGCAGUGCAGCACUGGAGCCGAAGCCAGAGCAACCUGACAGCCACUGUGGUGUGGAUCGACCCCACCAACGUCAUCGCUGCCACUUAUGACAUCCUGGUGGACGCCUCCGCUGAGGUCACCCACUAUCGGCCACCACUCACCUUGCCUUUGAGGCCUGGCUUGUGGACACUGAGGGUGCUGCAUCACUGGAACCCGCUGGGCCAGACCAGCUUCAUCGUGGCUCCGCUGGAGUUCCACCGACAGCAGCCCUUACAGCAAGAGGAUGCCCUGCGGUUGCACGGUGGCCCAGCCAGAAAUUCCUACAUGGAGCAGAGUUUCCACGGCCUGAACCCGGUGCUUCGACUGCCUGUAAGUCUGGGCGCCGUGGAGGAGGCAGAGUCCAACGCUGCCCUGACGGGGGUGCCGCUGCGCCGCUGGCUGGACUGGCUGCUGGAGGGCCACUGGUCGGCCGCAGACGUCUGCUCGAUGGGACCCAGCGCCUGUCCCGUCAUGCAGCGUUGUCGUCUCACCGUCUGGAGCGCCGCCAGCCCCGACACCAAGUCUGAACUGACCCCACCCAGAGAGGACGGACGGAUCAGGUAGCAGACGGACAGGCUGAGGGAGGACAACAGGAACAAAUGAAGGAAGACAUGGGGCUCAUGUCCUGUUUGUGUCUUAUAUUUAUUUAUUUAAAGUUUGUGCAACAUCAGAGUAAAAGGAAAUGGAUAAAUGAAACUUUGAAGGCAGCAACAGGAAGAAGAGGAACAAACUCAAAACACUGAGAAAUCUUCAGUCCUUUUGGAAGCCCUUGUGUGUGUGUGUGUGUGUGUGUGUGUGUGUGUGUGUGUGUGUGUGUGUGUGUGUGUGUGUGUGUGUGUGUGUGUGUGUGUGUGUGUGUGUGUGUGUGUGUGUGUGUGUGUGUGUGUGUGUGUGUGUGUGUGUGUGUGUGUGUGUGUGAGUGACUCUAUACCUCGUUUGUGAGUGUUUUCCUGAGUUACGGUAUGCAAGUACCAAGAGUUAUACAUGUCCAGUUGCUAAAAACCGACGUAGUUGCUCGUUCUUAGGCCAUUAUUGAUCACAGCUUAGUGCUCAAUUUCCUGAGAGAAAUUGUUUCAUAGUGAUCAUACUUUUUUAUUUCAGACUAUUAUCCCCAGAUUACAAUUGUAUUCAAAAGGUUGAAAUAUUUAAAAUGCAACUUCCCAGAAAUGAACACUGAUCCUAGAAAAAUACUAAUUUAGUUUCCUGUAAAACGUAAAAAAAAAAAAAAAAUGUAAUUGGUCGAUGCUAUACGGGAACUGAAGAAAGAAGUUUGCAUUCUUUCUAAAAUAUUAAUUAAAAGUCAACAGUUAAUGCGUUAAGGCUUUUUCAACCACAAAUGUGAUAGUUUGCUGAAAGAAUUAAGAGUAUUUUUUUGAAGAUCUAAAUCAAUUCGUGUUGUAAUUUGAAACUCUCAGCCUAAUCUUGUUUUAUCUGAGAGUUUCAAACUACAACAAGACUACAGCAGCCCAUCAUUUAAAUCACCAUAGUACAAUGUUUGAGUUCUUGAGAACACUGCACACUUAAAUGUUGGGAUAACCGGCCUGAAACACUUAGUUUUCUUGAUGUAUUCCAGCUGUGAUCCAGGGAAAAUGAGCUAUAGAUGUUCUCAUACAGAGCCAGGUGGGUGUUAUGAGAAUUUCUAAGAAUGAAUAUUUAUUUAUUUUUCUUUCAUUUGGGUGAUUGAAGCAAAGUGCAAAGCAAAGACCACAGUUCCCAUUUCCAACUACAGUCAGUGUUUGUUUCUUUUAACCAUUAAGACUUUCACUAACAUCAACCAUGUUGUUGUAUUUGCCUGAAAGGGUACUGCAAAUUGGAAAUGCUGUAAACAGAGUGGAAUAAGUACUCAGAUCCUUUACUUUAGUAAAUGUAGUAAUAGAACAACAAAAACCAACAGCCCAUUAAGUAAAAGUACAUAAGUAUUUUUAGGCAAAAAGUACAAUUUGUAGAAUGGCCCCUUUAAGUGUGUCUUGAUAUUAUAUUGGUAUGCUAAGUUCAAGGUUUAACUACUUAAUAUACUUGUUUUAUCUAUAAAAGAGUCAUUUUAUAAAUUGCUGUUUCAUGUAAACUAUAAAAAGUAACCAGUACCAAGCUAUACGCUGUCAGAUGGAGUGUAAUACAAAAGGACAAUAUUUGUCGUCAAGGUAGUUUGGAACUUGAGUAAAAGGUACUUCGCUACUUUCCACAACUCAAACUACAUGUUGCCAUGUUAAAAGAUCUCCCCUUUGACGCAGCCCUGCCCUUUAUUCUGGUGUGUUUGGUUUUCUUUCUGUGCCAUGUCGGAAUCCUUCAGACCGCCUGAGCGACUGCUAUGCUGGAACUCAGAACAGAUUCACCUCUUCCUCUCCUUUUUUUUUUCGUACACACAUUUUUAAUCUGCUCUUGGCUAAAGAAACUGAUGUGACGGUGCCCAAGUGUACACGUGAGUGAGUUUUUUUUUUUUAAGUCAGUGACUAAUAUUUUAUAUGCUGAUAUUUGCAGCGGGUGAGAUUUGUUUUUUUGAAAAAAAUAAAACGUCUGCCUUUAUUUCUAAAAGGCCUCCACGUGUUUGUCAGGACUGAUGGUAAAUGUUUGUGUCGUUCAGUUUUGGGUGGUUAAAUGUCUUCUCCUAAUCUGCUCUCAUUUUAACUACUUUGUGUUUUUGUACGACCAUAAGUGCUUAAGUACAGCUACAUACUUUUAACAAAGGAUGUUUUAUUGGUCAUUUACAGGCUGGGCUGUCAGUAACAGUUACAAUAUUUUGUAUUAAUUGGUGCGUUGAGUUUUUUUAUUUUUAUUUAAUUGUUUAAUCUUUAAGAUGUAAAAAAUAGCAAAUGCCCAUCAGCAGUUAGAACAAUCUAUGCCUUACAAAUGCAUACUUGUAGAUGUCUGAGCACCAAAAUGUUUUUAAUUUAUAAUAUAUUAAAGCAGCAUUAAAAAGGUCAUUAAAAAUAGCUUAUAAAUUGACUACUAAAUAUUCUGUGUUAAUAAAUAGCAAAUGUUUCAGGAAUAUAGAUUUAAAAAUGUAGACUAGGAAUAACCAGAACAACUUUGUUUAUGUAUUGGUAUAUUAUAAUCAUAAUCCUUUCAUACUUUACAUUACUUGCAUGAACUGUAUCAUCCUGUGAGUUGGGUGGGGAUGUAGCAGGUGAGAAGGAGAGGGCAGGCCACCCAGGACACCUUUAGCUUGCCAUGCUGCUCAGUGAUCGACAUUGUGCCAAGACAUAAAAUAUUCAUACUAAGUCUGGGUUGCACCAGUGAAGAUGAAGGUUAUACUCUGCGGUUUUUAUGAUCAAUAAUGCAUAAAAUCAGUGCAACAGUCAAACCUGUUCUAACAUGGAAAUAACUAAAUCCAAUUCAGGUUAUAAAGGGAUUAGAUCAAUUUGCAUUACAUGGGGCUUUGAAUUGUAAACUACUGUUCAAUCAUGCAGAAAUUGAAGGAGCAGAUGGGAUUACAUUUCACACAAAUUAUAACUUGUAUGAUUUUCCACGAGACAAAUACAAAAUGUAUUGAUUAUAAUAAUGGCAGUCCCUUUCAAAACAAUAGUUCAACAUUGUGAGAAAUGCAGAGUUAGAUGUUGAGAAUGACACUGCUCAUAUCUGAGCUGUAAAUAUAAAGCUACAGUUAGUGGCCAGUUAGCUCAGCAAAAAGACUGGAAACAGUAGGGAAAAGCUAGCCUGGCUGUCCAAAGGUUACAAAAUCUGCUAAACAUAACAGCUAAAGAUCUAAAGAUAACUAAUUAACUCAAGGAAGUACCCGAUUAAAAAAUGAAAAUAAAAAAAGCACAAAAACUAAUUUGUAAACCACAAAUGUCACUCUUUACAUAUUAAACUACAUUAACAAAGUAAUAUAAUGUUUUUAGAGGCUCUGGUAGAAGGAUUUGAUCAACUUUGGACAGAGCCAGGCUAGCUGGUUCCCCCUGCUUCCAGUCGUUAUGCUAAACUAAUCAUGCACAUAGGAGACAGUUUUUAUCAUUUUGAUCCAAGCAUGAACACAUACUACAGUAAAUACUUCUCAAAUUGUCAAAUAUUACUUUAACUUCACCCUACACAGAUGCUGCUCAUAUUGAAUGUAAUGAAGUGUUGAACAUAAUCAUGAAUGUAUCUUAUGGUCAUUUUAAAAUCAUAAUGGUGCAAGAUAAUGUCAAUUUACAAAUCCUAAUCUUUGCCGGUGCAACCCAUCUUCUUUUCAUUACUAUAAAGACUAAUAUUUAACCAUUUUUGAUCAAUUAUUCCAGUGUGUGUAGUUGCCAUAUGCCAACGUUAUUGGGACCAAAACUGGACAGCCGUGGGGGGUUCUAAGCCUGGGGGGGAAGCUCAGAGUGAUCCGUUGUUCUGGGACAGUCAGCACUUAAAGCACGGACAGUGAACAGUGUGUCAUAUUUAUUUAAGAAAAGAUUGUGACUAUUAUAUCUAACUUAUUUGAAAUGUCUCCAGAUGUUUGGGUUGAAAGAGCUAUUAAACCGUACAGCAGUGCACAGGACCAAAGUGUGCAGAGAGCAUCAGUAAAUUACUGCCACUAGAUUUGGAAUCGAGUGGCAAAAAAGAAUGCAAGAGGUACAGUCAGCUUUCGUUUUAUCAGUUUGAUUUCAGAACUAGACUGAUCACCAGAAAAAAUGACUUGUAGACACCCUAAAGUUAUUACGUAAAAGUUAACUGUUACAAUACUUGAAGGCAUUAAUUAAUUAUUAUUAUUAUUAUUAUUAUUAUUAUUAUUAUUAUUAUUAGGUACAAAAAUGUUGGAAUUUUGGCGCAAACAUUUAAUUAAAUUGCUAAACCUACGGUUCUUAAACAAAAUUGAGCAAUGAAUAGUUAUUAACAAAAUACUAUGAUAAACAAUUAAAAGCAGAAUUAGAUGUAUGUAUUCAGGUACAACCAAAGUUAUUCAUUUCUUUGCUGUAAAUCAAACAAAUAGGGACAUCAAAUCUUGGGCUAAAAUCAAACUGUUUAAAACCCUGACCAGGUCCAAAACUUUGCCAUUUAAAUGUAGUAGGUUGUCAGCUUGCAUCAUUACAUUUCACUCAAAUUCUUUGAUUUUUUGACUAAUCAGAAUCGCUUUUAUCAUAAAGUUUAUUUUUGUAUUGUUACAGCUUUGGCCACCCACAGCUUUUGUGAUUUCCCUUAUUGAUAAGGUCAUUUUUUUCCCUCUAUAUUAUUACAUGUUAGCAGUCAUUUUGGCAUGUCAGUCUCAAAGAGUCCGGGACAGU